AGGUCGCCAUCGAAGUGGAUGUUUUGAGAUCUUUUAAUCGUUUUAAAUAUAAUUACGAAACUGUUGACAUAUGGCUGUGGCCCGUUGGUGAAAAAUCCAUCAAAGCAUUUAAAUGGGGGCCUUUGUUGAGUAUUGAAUCAUUUUUGUUAAUUGUUUGUAAAACGAAAAUUGUACAAACGACGGGUCACGGAAAUCGUUAUUGGUUAUGGUAAAGAGGGGAUAUUCAUAGGCCCAAUUGUGCCAGCGACCCAUUGUAGAGAAACAAUUCACUGAAUUAUGACAGUGAAAGAAAAAGCUCCAAACUAUUUGAAGUAUCCCAAACUGUAGAAUAUUAGACAAUGCCAUAGAAAGGAAUGGGACAGUCUUUUAACUGAAGUAUUCAUUGCGUUUUCAUGUCGAUGAAAUUCAUUUUGGUAGAAUGAAAAAAUCAGGCAGUCUUGUUCUACAGUCAAACGGUAUGAGCAGUCUAGCCGCGUCUUUUACCUCCACCCAGAAUGACUUAGAAAGAUGGAAACUGUCGCGCGAACUUCAGCAAAUUGAGUGUGAGGAAUAUUAUACGCGUAUGAAUAAAGGUAGGGAAAUUCACAAACUGAAGGACCUUGUGUUAGAAUACAUAGCGACUGGGUGUGUCUACAAACAGCACCGAUUUGAAAGAUAUGAUCCUUUCAAAAAAGAGGAAUCCAUUAAGAAAAGGGAACAAAAACGUUUACGGCAUCAAAAACGAUCUGACUCCUCUAGUAAGUCCUUAACAACGAAGAAAACAAAAGAAGAAAUCAUUCCUCCAAAAUUAGAUCGAAGCAAAACUAUGGUAGAACAUGUGUUAGGAGAAGUCAGACAGCCUAGUCGCGCAGGUAGAGUACAUCAAAGCUUACCCGAUAUAACUCGACCUAUAGAAAAUGUUCGUAUACAAGACGAUUUUACUUCCGGAGGAUACGUCGAUGAUAGCGUUUACAAUGGAAUGCGGAAGGUAGGCCUUUCGAAUCACGAUAAUGACGACACGAAAUCAAAGUUAUCUGUAAGUUUUCUGCCGACGAUAAAGCGUGUUGCGCUGUGGGAACAACCCCAGAAAGACCAGAAGGAAGAAGAAAGGAGAGAAAGAAUACGUCACAAAAGAUACCAGCCAAACUUGAAGGAGGAAUUUCAAAAGAUGUUCCCAGGAAAUUGUAAAACAUCAUAUUCAAUGAAAAAGUUUAUUGACAGGGAAACCAGAAAUGUCAUUCGUGAUAUAGACACUGUUCCGAGGAAGCUUAACCGCAGGGAGCAAGACCAUUUAAUUAAAAAAUCGCAGUUACCGGAAUUUAUUGACAGACACAAGUCGACGUCAGCCAUUCUUCGAGACUUCCGUGACAUUAAAAGGACCCUCAAAACUGACAGUAAAGAUCGCAAACAAGUUGAGGAAAACGAAAAGUACAACCAAAUUCUCCGCUUUCUCGAGUUGGCUGAAUCCUUUGAGCAGUGCGAUGAGCAGUAAAUCCGAAAAAUUUCAGAUAACCACAACCAUUGAGUAAAUCCUGUUUGUAUUACGAUUGAUUUUCAGCUGAACAAUGUUUGUUGAAAUAGUUAUAAGCCUAAACACAUCAACGCGAUUCUUAUGAGAAGGCAUGCCCAUUGAAUUAUUCAAUAUGCGUGCUUGAGCUCGAGAUCCAAACAUUAAAAAAUAAAAUCAAAUGCUCAAACGUUCAA